ACCAAUCAUAUCACUAGAUUUUUUUACGCGCGCGCAUUUGACAAGAAAAUUCGGCGCCAAUAAUUCAAAAAAAAUUAUAAAAUACUCUAUAUUCUAUCAGCCGUAAAAAAUGUUUUUAAAAAUUGUCUACUUCUUCUUCAAACUAAUCGGCUUAGCUCCAUUUGCAGUAAAUAAAUAUCAAUCAAGCAUCAGAGUUCACUAUUCUAAAAAUGGCAAUUUAUACAAUUGCCUGUUAAUAAUUUUUGGGUUGUAUUUAAGCUUUCAGACCUACAAAAAGUAUCUAAACUCUGAAUUUCCUGUAAGGUCAGACCUCAGUCCAGAAUUUUUACUUGUAAAAGCUCUCCUAGGCCUUAUCAGCUUGAUAUAUUUUUGGACGGCGAUCUGCUUAAAGCAAGAAAGCGCAUUGAGAAUCUACCACAAACUUAUCGAAGUUGACAAAUUGACAUCUCAGGACCUAAAACAUGCAACCUAUAAUUCAUUAAAGAAGAUUGUAAUAAUAUACUGCAGCAUAAACUUAUUUUUGUGGAUCAGCAUCAUGAUCAGUGACAUGUUGGCCUUGGACAGUCUUUUCAAAUCAACCUGGCUGAUCAUGGGCUUGCCACGCUUUAUUGAAAGCUGGUUCAUGAUUCAAUACGGCUUGAUGGCGAAUUUGCAGAAGAAUAGAUUCAAAGAAGUCAACAAUUCAUUCCGGAAUCUAGCUGGAAAUUUUAUGGUGUCAGUUUUGGACGAAAAGAUCAUCUUAGAAGACUUUCGGCGCUUUAAGCACUUGUACAAUCAGCUUUAUGAAAUGACCAUUGAAAUUUCAAGCUACUUCUCCUUUCUUACCUUUAUUAUUAUCACGUAUUUUUGCGGGACGAUCGUUUAUACUACAUAUUACUUGUUCAGUCCGUUUAUCCAUGACAUAAAGAAUUACACGUACUUUUUCACAAUUAACUCGACACUGUACUUGUGCAUGGAAAUGUUUCCGAUAGUUGUUCUGUGUGUCAACAUUUCUGCACUUACUAAUGAGAUACCGGGAAUUAAUACAGUUAUUUACAAUAUUAUGGAUAGAUGUAUGGACAAUACAGAGGUGCUGCUAGAGAUCAAAAGAUUUUCAAUGACGUUACUUACAAGAAACAAUCAAUUUACAGCUUACAAUUUCUUCCCUAUUAAUUGCACUCUACUUCACACGAUUAUCAGUACGACUGCUACAUAUUUGGUAAUUUUAUUCCAAUUCCAACAUGACUCUCAGGAAGACGAUGAAAAUUAAUUUUAAU